AUGUGAUUACUUUAAAAUAGAAAUUCAUUACGCUCGAAAAUGACAAUACCAGAUAGCCAUAAACUAAACACUAAGACUUCAAGGAACAUCAAGGAACAAAAAUUGAACUCUGAAUUACAUUGUGAGUUCUGUUUCAAUCCAAUCCGCCAAUAUUUAGGCAAGAAUGCAUUAUAUGGAGGUUUUGUAGUUUAAUUAUGAAUCACUGUUCACUUCCAAGGUAGGUAGGUUCAAUUCAGUUUUAAGGAAAUUAUUAUUUCUGACCAGAUCGCAGUCGCCAAAAGUUCAGAAUGUCUGUAUUAUUUCUCUCACACAAGCAUUGUCAUGGUGAUACGAGUAAUUUAGUUGCUCUAUUUAAGCACCUACCUUUAAGCACCUACCUUUAAGCACCUACCUUUAAGCACCUACCUUUAAGCACCUACCUUUAAGCACCUACCUUUAAGCACCUAGCAUUUUAGUUCUGAGGAGUACAGUAGAAACUCAAAUAAAAUAAUCUGUUUUUAUAAUAAAAUUGAGGCUGAAAUUUAACCUUGAAAACCCCAUAAUCAAGAACCCCCAAGAGGCUGAAAUUUGGAAAGGUUCUUAUAUAUAUAUUCAACAGCUCCUAACUUUAAAGUUCUUUAAAAAUAUAAAUAGAUACUCAAUAAAAAACAACUUGGUUGACGUUUCGCUAUAAGCUUCUUCAGAAUAACUAACACAUACAUCUGGAGCGUAAAAUAAGGAAUACGAAACAAAAGAACAAAAGGUAACACAUUUUACAAGCAAGAACAAUAAUAGCUAAUUUAACAACAUAAUGAUAGUUUCUAAGCCCAGCCGGAGGUGAGAAAAGAUGGAUAAAUACAAUAGAUAAAAGAACAACAGAACAAGUGCCAUAGCAGAUGGUAUAGCAUGCAGAAAAGUCCAAGAAAAAGAAACGGUAAAUGCUGUCUGUCCCAAAAAAUAAGAAACUAGGUAGAUAAAAAUAAUAAAUAUAAAAUGCAAAGGAAAGAAAGAAAGUAGAUAGAAAACGUGGAAAAAGUCAACAGAAGUAACAAGGAGAAAAUAAACAAAAAGAUAGGAAAUAGAAAUAAAACUAUGUGUCAACUAACCUAAUAUUAAGGCCCCGGGGCGCGAAAGUUUCUAACUUAUACUGCCAGAAAGUUUCACGUAUCCUACCAUUCCCAUUAAGUCUAUCUAUAAUAGUUACUUUAAUAUCUUCGAGAAACCCAUGAUGAUCCUUCCCUGCAAAAUGCCGGAAAAAAUCAGCCUGAGGUACACCCGAAGAGCCCCCCAUAAACUUACGAUUGCACGCCUUGUAGUUAUUAAACCUAAGCCUAAACGGCGUGCAAGUGCUACCCACAUACUGUACACCACAUACUUUACAUUCCAUAAGAUACACAACAUUGGACGAAUCACAAUUAAACGAAAAAUGUAUCUUAUAUUCCUUAUCAGUUAUAUGGGAGGUAAAAGUAUCAAUGUCACACAUAACAUUACACACUUGACACCGAGACUUGCCACACGGAGUACAACCCUUGUUAUGCGAAACCCCUGCCCCCUCACUAUGAAGUUUAGCCCUAACUAGUAUCUCUUUAAGAUUCUGACACCUCUUAAAUGAUAUCAAAGGUGGCUGAGGAAACACCUUCCUAUGCUCUUCUGAUACUGUAAGCAUAGAAUGAAGUCUCCCGGCCACUUUGCCCAAAUUAUUCAAGGCUGGAUGGUAUGUGGUAACAAACGGAACCCGCCCAUUCCCACUGUGUUCAUGUUUCCCAUUAGCCUUAUCCAGUAGUGUAACCCUAUCCUGCCUACGUGCCUUAUCUAUCUGUUCUGUAAUAAGUGAUUCCUCGUACCUCCUUGCCUUUAACCAUCCAGCCAAAUCCCUUAACCUAUCCCGUAACUGGCGAUCGUCCGAACAAAUCCUACGUAACCUUAAAGCCUGACUUUAGGGUAUCGCCUUCUUGGUAUGCCAUGGGUGACAAGACUUCUUAUGUAAAUACUGAUGUGUAUCAGUAGGUUUACAAAACAAUCUUUCUUCCAACCCAGUCAUAAAGAGGUUUGCAUAAGCUGGAGCGAACUUAGUUCCUAUAGCGGUGCCUAACUUCUGUCUAUAAAACCUAUCAUUAAAUUCAAAGUAGUUGCUUUCGAGAACCAGAGAUGCCAAUCCUACUAGGGUAUCAGUAGCCACGUUUGGGUUUUCCCUUCUAUCCAGCGCUUCCCUGAUGGCUUCCAGACCCUCCCCAUGUGGAAUGCUAGGAUAGAGUCCCACAACAUCAACUGUGCACAGUAUAGCCCCCUCUGGUAUCCUACCUAUUUCACCUAACUUAGACAAGAAAUGAUUAGUAUUUAAUGUAAGACCUACCGAGGCUAACCAGUGGAUUGAGGUGGUGACCUAGAUAUUCUGAUACUAAUACAUUAAGUCUUACAUUGUCUUACAUUAAGGAUACUAAUUAACGUUUCGCAAUAUGCUUCUUCAGAAUAACCUUCACUUACAUUUGGAGCGUAAAAUAAGGAAUACAAAACAAUAGGACAAAAGAGCACAUUUUACAAGCAAGGACAAUAAUGGCUAAUUAUACGACACAAGUAAACUUUCUAGGCCCAGCUGAAGGUGAGAAAAGCGGAAUAAAUACAAUAGAUAAAAGAACAAAAGAGAAGCGUGAAGGCAGAUGGUUAACUACCCAGGAAUGCACAAAAACGAGAAAGGGUGAAUGCUAUCUGUCCCUACCAUGAAGAUUAUAAAAUAAUAUUAUGUGGAAAUAAUAAAUAGCUGUGAAAAGAAGAAAAUAAUCCAAGAGAUUGGAAAUAAAAAUAAAACUAUGUUUCAACUAACCUAAUAUUAAGUCCCCGGGGCGCGAAAGUUUCUAACUUAUACUGCCAGAAACUUUCACGUAUCCUACCAUUCCCAUUAAGUCUAUCUAUAAUAGUUACUUUAAUAUCUUCGAGAAACCCAUGAUGAUCCUUCCCUGCAAAAUGCCGGAAAAAAUCAGCCUGAGGUAUACCCGAAGAGCCCCCGAUAAACUUACGAUUGCACGCCUUGUAGUUAUUAAACCUAAGCCUAAACGGCGUGCAAGUGCUACCCAUAUACUGUACACCACUUACUUUACUUCUCAAGUCAGUGUUUUCCUAAAAACUGGAUUCAGAAAAGAAUAUUACUGUUUGUUUUCUUAUACACCUAAAAAAUAACUUUUUACAAAAUUUUCAACCCAAAAAAAUAAAUCAAAAUUGACUACCCCAAAAAAAUAACAGAUUAUUUCUCAAACCCAAAAAAAUAAGAAAAUUUAAAAUUUGAGACCCAAAAAAUAAGCCGAGCCUCCCUGUCAAAAAUUUUUCAACUACACUCCUUGGGCUCAAACUAUGGUUCAUUCCAUUUUGGAUUUGAAAUCUGCACAGUUAAUUUAGCGGAAAAUUCAAGGAAAGUCGAGGUCAAGUCCUUGGCUGACUUUUAAAGAAUUUUUUUCAAUUUUGAUGACGUCUUAAAAAACAAGUGACUUUCGGUGAUAUUCUUUUUGGCCCAUCUUGGAUUUGAAAUAUCCAUGGUCGAACAAGUUGGAAUGUAAAAUAAAAUUUGAGGUUAGGUGCUGUUUUUUUCUACCAAAUUCCCUGUGUUUUCGUUACUCACAGGGCUUCCCCACGGAUUGCCUCCACAAACAUGGCAGGGAACGAAGGUGGACAUCAAAGGGUGGAAAUUGUUGGUAAACAGGAGCCAUCUGCAGCGAUCAAGUUGAUAUACGAAUCACAAAAGCCUUUCGUAUUCAAAGGCAUGAUUGAUCACUGGAAGGCAAGCCAGUGGACUGUGGGGUACUUCUGUAGGAACUUCGGAGACUUGCCAACAACCUUCAAAGUUUGUCCGAUUCACACAGUUGAUGGCAGUGAUACAAAAAAACCAGUCAUGGAAACUGAAUGUGUAUAUAUCGAGGGAACAUUCGCUGAUUUCAUACAUUGGCUAAGAGGGGAUUAUGGCAAAUGUGCAUCACUGAGACAAUUUCCUAGGGAGAAUUUCUCUAUCUACAUUGAUUACAAAUAUAUGAAAGACUUAAUGGAAGAAAGUCCUGAAACUUAUAGGGACAUUGACUGGGGAACAUUUGGCUUUGAAGGUAGAGAUGGCAGAGAUUCUUCAAUCUGGAUAGGUAGCUACAAGGCAUUCACACCACUACAUAAAGAUACAUAUGGCUUGAACCUGGUUGCACAGCUUUCUGGCAAAAAAUCAUGGACUUUGUUUCCUCCAAAAGACACUCUCAAAGUGUACCCAACAAGAAUACCAUAUGAAGAAUCUAGUGUUUUUAGUGAAGUCAACAUAAAAAGUCCAGAUUUUGUAAAACAUCCUGAAUUUAAAGAUGCAACAGGGUAUAAGGCAAUUUUAGAGGCUGGUGAUGUUCUUUGUGUACCCAAGCACUGGUGGCACUUUGUAGAAAAUAUUGAGCCAAGUGUUAGUGUGAAUACUUGGAUAGAAAAGGAAAGUGACCACUUUGACAGACUGAAAGAAGCUCUUGUCAGACUCAUUGUUACUUCAAUGAAAGAGUCACAGAACUGUUCACAGAUAUCAUGGCUGAAUCCAAAUGAGGUGGCACACCCUCAUGUUAUAAAUGUUGGAUAUGUCAAGCACGCCCUACAAAGCAUCAUAACAAAUGCGACAAAUUCAGAUGAGCAGGAGCAGCAUCAAACAAUUUCUAUCAAUACUGACUCAAUAUUAAAUUGCCUUGUUUCCGACAGAGUAGUCAAUGCUGUUGUUGAUGAGCUUGUGUCAAAAUAUAACAUUCCUACUGGCUGAAUUACUUCCAAAUAAUAUAAUUUUUUAUUUUACCAAGUUAUUUUUAAAACACUCCUUUCAUUAACAUUAAGGGGCUUAAGAUCUUCUACUUGUUGAUUAGUCAUAAUCUUUAGCAAAAGCGAUAACGAGAAAUGAGUCUGAUAGAAACAUCACAUACAUACAAUAAACUAUAAGAAAAGAAAAAAUUAGAAAAAUACAAUUUACCAAUUGUUUUGCAUAGUCUGCAUUUGCAAGCUUGGCAUUCGAGGGGGUGGGUAAGUUUUUUAUUUCUGAAAGGAUUCUGAGCUUUUCAGUUCUUGUCUAUCUCACAUAACAUUCUCCUUAAAAUUUGACUGUAUCAAUUCCAAGCCAAAUUGUUGAAGGUCAUAGUCACAAAGAGGUUAUGGGAAAAGCACACUGUGAUCGUAACAAUUAAACACAAAUGAGCCACUUACUUCCCCUGAAGAAGCCCCUAGCAAAGCCUGGGGGCACUGUCUUCAGUCUUCUUGUCUUCUAAACAACAGAAUCUGAUUGCUAACAACAUAUUUUGAAAACAGGAGACUAUUUCUAUUUGGUGACAACAGAUUCUAGGAGCAAGCAAUUAAUUAUGAUACCAACAACAGGUUCUCGGUGCAAGCCACAAAUUGUGAUAGCUAACAACAGAUUCGGAGAGCAAAUAUCCAAUUCUGAUUGCUAAUAACAGAUUCUGAGAGCAAGCAACGAAUUCUGAUGCUAACAACUGAUUCUGAGAGCAAGAAACGAAUAGAGCUCUCAAGUAUGACGUCACAAAAAACUUUUUUAAGAAUUUUCGAAUUUUGACCACAUAACAUAAAAGAACACUAUAAAAUACUCCCAUUUAUGCAAAAUCAGUUAAAUUUGUCAAAAAUCGGGUGAGCUAUGGCCAAUAGAAGAUCUGGAGUUCGCUAACGGAUAACUGUUAUUUUGGCUCAGUUCAUUAAGUUAUGAACUAAGACCAAAUUAUAGAGGAUUGAUGAGGCCAGAGAUUCUGCUCAUCCGCACAUAUCUCAGCCAAUUCGUAAUACCUCAAACUGAUUUUGCAGAUUUAGAGGUAUUUCGUGAUGCUUUUUCAGGAUAUGGGAAAUAAUUCUAAAAAAGAUUUUUGUGACAACAGCACUUGACAGCUCUAUUCUGAUUGCUAAAAACGGAUUCUGAGAGCAAGAAACGAAUUCUGAUUCUAAAGACAGAUUCUGAGAGCAAGAAACGAAUUCUGAUGGUAAGGACAGAUUCUGAGAGCAAGAAACGAAUUCUGGUGCUAACGACAGAUUCUGAAAGCAAGAAAAGAAUUCUGAUGCUAAGGACAUAUUCUGAGAGCAAGAAAAGAAUUCUGAUGCUAAGGACAUAUUCUGAGAGCAAGAAACGAAUUCUGGUGCAAAAAACAGAUUCUGAGAGCAAGAAACGAAUUCUGAUGCUAAGGACAGAUUCUGAGAGCAAGAAACGAAUUCUGAUGCUAAGGACAGAUUCUGAGAGCAAGAAACGAAUUCUGGUGCAAAAAACAGAUUCUGAGAGCAAGAAAAGAAUUCUGAUGCUAAGGACAGAUUCUGAGAGCAAGAAACGAAUUCUGAUGCUAAGGACAUAUUCUGAGAGCAAGAAACGAAUUCUGGUGCAAAAAACAGAUUCUGAGAGCAAGA